GAACAGAAUAUACGUAUAAAAAUAUUGCGCAAUUUUGCUGCUUUCGGAAAAAGGGGGCCACGUAACCGUUUUGCAUUAUAUACAUAGCGCUUUCUUUCAUAUGUAUACUUCCAACCUCGGGGUGGGUCCUUUUUCCGCUCUUUGGAGUGAUUAAAGUGGGGCGCCAAAAGAUACGCAGAGAGCGGGUUUUCCCUCCAAAAAUGAUUGCCCUGUCGCGUCGCGCACAGCAUUUUUAAUUGUAUUGUAUAUAUGCUUCCGCUCGGCGUGGCGUUAUUUUUAUUGCCCACUUCUCACAUGCUGUGCACAAUUAUUUUAUCACAUGGGGAAUGAAAGAAAAUGGGUUAAAAAAAAAAAAAACGCGCUCGGAUCAACCAACCCUACCCAACCAGCAAUAAAACGUUGUGCGUUCUCACGUGCUACGCUGCAUACUUCGUGUUUACGUGCAGCCCGGGAUGCUUCUCAGGCUUGCAAAGCGUCGGCGCGGUUUUUCAAAUGAAAGUAUAAAUACAUUGCGUUGCGUUGGGGGUGCCCCAUACCGUUUUUAACGAACGCGCGUAAAAUAAUAUGUACACCAAUUUUGUAGGUACGUAAAAAUUUUAUAUGCAUAUGCGCGUAGUUGGCAUGACUCCUCUGCUUAAUUCCCCUCCUUCGUUCUUUUAAAAAAAGCAUAUGUAAAAAAAAAAAAAAUUAAAAAAAAAAAUCAAAAAAAAAAAAAAAAAUAAAUAAACGGCAAAACAGAUUAAGCAGUAAAUCAAAUCAGCAAAAAAGGGAUGAUACAUCCUUGUACCACUAUUUUGAGGAGAACACAACUUUUCCUUUGAGGAGAUAAAAAUUUUCUUUCCUUAAAUUUUGAGUUUACCCCCCUAUAAGUCAGCCUCUCACGAAAAAAAUGACGACUAAAGUGAAGAGAGUUCAAACCUUUGGAAAGAAGAAAACCUCCGUUGCCGUGGCAACCGUGACCAAUGGAAAGGGUCUAAUCAAAUUGAACGGAAAAAAUCUGGACUUAGUGGAGCCCUACAUUUUGAGAACCAAAGUGUACGAACCCUUAUGGUUAAUCGGGUCAGCGAAAUUAAAAAAUCUGGACAUUCGUAUCCGAGUUAAAGGAGGUGGUCAGACCGCCCAGAUUUACGCAAUAAGGCAGGCCAUUGGAAAGGGAGUGAUUUCAUAUUACCAAAAAUAUGUGGACGAAUCUACGAAGAAGGAAUUAAAGGAUGCUCUGUUAAGGUACGACAGAACGUUGCUGGUUGGAGACACAAGAAGAUGUGAACCGAAGAAAUUCGGUGGAAAGGGUGCUCGUGCGAGAUACCAAAAAUCGUACAGAUAAUUGUGCGCUAUUUUAUUUUCUGCCACAUUUUGCUUUCUACUGUAUUUAUUUUCUACCAUAUUUUAUUUUCUCCUAUAUUUUAUUGUUCACUUUAUUUUUUACUUUUUUUUUUUUUUUUUCUUUUGCCUGUAUGCACAUGUGUACAUUUUUUAUCUCCCCCACGGCGUAGUGCAUAACCCCUUGAACCUUUUUAAAUAAUCAUUGCAAUUGUGUCAUACAGUUGA